AUGGCAAGCCUUAAUAUAUAUGAAGUUUUGAUUGUUCUUUAUUUGUUUGGUGCGACGCAAAUAAACAGUCGGAAAAUAGGUGAUGAAGUAGAUGAACUCAAGCUCAAUUAUUUAUGCCUCAAAAAUGAAAAGUUAGCCAAAAUUCAAUUCUACGCCCAAGACAUAGUGGGCGGCCCAAAUGCAACAAUUCACGAGGUCGCACGCGCCGCCGUCUUCACAGACGCGCUUCUUUCCUUCGGGAAAGUGUUCGUCAUCGACGACAUGAUCACUGCCGGGCCCAGCGCCGACACAGAGGCGCUGGGCAAGGCGCAGGGCAUCAUGACCUCCGCUGACAUGGCGAAUGCAGCGAUGGCGAUGAGCUACAACGUCGUCUUCACGUCAGGGGAGUACAACGGGAGCAGCCUCAGCGUCGCCGGCCGGAAUGAGGUGGCGAAAGAGCGGCGCAGGCUGGCCGUCGUUGGGGGAACGGGGGUUUUCCGGUUCGCGCGUGGCUACGCAGUGUUCAGCACCUACUCGAGCGCAGUCAGAGAGGAUUCCAGCCUCUAUACCGUUAUAGAAUUCACCAUCUACUCAACCUUUUGUCCCUAG